CGAUCGUCCAUUAGCCUAUCCACCGCGGCUGCUGCGACCGCGAGUACAAAUCUUAAAGCAUCCCAAACCUCGAUCCAAGUAAGUAAUGCCGGCCAUCGACCUCCCCGCCGUCACGGUCGCCGUCGCCCUCCUGGGCCUUUCUGCAUGGCUCAAGCUGAGGGCCCAGGGCGGCAAUGGCCUCGCCGUUCGCCCUCCUUGGGCAUGGGCGUGGAUCCCCUGGGUCGGAAAUGCCUUCGACUACAAGAACGGGCCCGAUACUUGGACGCGUAGCGUCGAGAAGAGACUCGGACCCGUCUUCCGCUCCAAAGUGUUGGGCAAACCCGUCAUAUUCUGCUUGCAUAGGAAACUCAUUGCCGAGAUAUUCAAAAACCACAAGGAUUUUUCCUUCACGCCCAUUAGGACCGAUGCGCAUCACCGCGUGUUCGCUGUAAGCAAAGUUGCCGUUUCCGACGCUGAAGGCCAGCGUGCCAUGUUUGCGGAGUUGUCCCGCGUUCUCGCCAAGAAGGCGUUCGGUCCGAUGGUCUUCCACAUCUCGGCCAACAUGGCGUCCCGCUUCGGCGCCCUGAUCGACCAGAUGACGCCCCUCGAGCGCCAGAACGGCAAACAAUUCGAGCUCAUGAAGCUCAUCCCGCCCUUGUUUUACGCCGCGAGUGCUCAGGGCAUGUUCGGCGACACAUUCCCGGCCGACGAGAUCUUCAAGUCGAACACCGACUUCGAGGAUCAGUUUGGUCUUAUGUACACCGGCCUGCCCUUCCCGUUCCUGGUCAGCCGGGGCGUCGCCGGGCGCGACCGCUGCAUCGCGCGCGUCAAGGAGGCACUUGCCCAGUACGAGUCGGGCGAGGCGCAGCCGACCUACUUCAUGCAGGUCAUGUUCGACCUCCGCCACACCCUCGGCUGGUCCUCACAAGACCUCGCCGCCUACCUCCACUCCUACCUCUUCGCGCUCACCUCCAACACCAUCUACGCCGCCUACUGGGUCACCGUCUACGUUUUCUCCAACCCGUGGCUCCUCCCCGACAUCCGGGACGAAGUCGACCUCGCCCAGGCCAAGUUCUCGGCCGAGAACCCGAACCAGCACCCGAACGGGCUCUUCGAGCAGCUCGGCACGAUGGACGUCGACUACCCGCUCCUCAACUCGAUCAUCAACGAGUCCCUCCGGCUCUGCUCGAACGGCACGAGCGUGCGCGAGGUGAUGAACGACGUCGUCGCCGAGGUCCCGCCCUCGGACGCGCACCCGGCGCCCAAGCCCGUCUUCUUCAAGAAGGGCGACAUCAUCUACAUGCCGAACCGGUACCACCACCUCAACCCGGAUGAGUUCGAGGACGCGUUCCGCUUCCACCCCCGCCGCUUCAUGGACGACAGCAGCGCGAAGAAGCUCAGGCAGGGCUUCUUCAUGCCCUUCGGCGGAGGCGUCUCUGUCUGCACCGGCCGUCACCUCGCCCUCGCCGAGCUGAAGGCGCUGAUCAUCAUCCUCAUCCGCGCCUUCGACAUCGACUACGCCGGCCUCAUCGACGCGAACGGCAAGACCGUCCCGUCCUCCACCCUCCCGCUGGGCAAGAACGAGAAGUCGUACCCCGUCCCGCCGUACGCCAACGGCUCCGGCUCCGCCAUCCUGCACCCGGAGGGCGACAUGUUGGUGAAGAUGAGGCCGCGUCCGGGAGGCACGCGCUGGUGAUCGCUUUGUCAUUUAGACCCCUCCCCCUUCCAUGUGUGUAUCUUAGGCGUUUGCUGUACUCGUUUGAAAGAAUGGAUAUGAGAAACAG